AUGGAGUGCUUUGUUUGCGGAAACUCCAGGACGCUGUCGGUGUCUCUUCAUGACUGGAGGUUCAGGAGAAGGGUCCCGGUUGGCGGACCAGUCCUCCGGGGGAGGCUAUGGCGGCAGCAUUUGGAUUGGAGGCCUUUGCAGAUCAGUCGCGUUGCAGGCGGCGGCGGAGUGGAGAGUUGCGUAACGACGGUGGAGGACGAGGAGCAGGUGAAGGGUUUCGCUGACGAGGAGGACUUUGUGAAAGCCGGGGGCAGUGAGCUCCUUUUCGUACAAAUGCAGGAGAGGAAGCCCAUGGAAAAACAGAGCAGGAUCACCGACAAGGUGCUUGUCUCUUCCCCUUUCUCCGGUCACUGCUCACGGCACUUUGAUAUUCCUCUUUUAUUCCGUUGGAUCACUCACUUGCUCUCUUUCGUGAAAUCGUGAGGUCCUAUUUCGUGCCAGUAGACUCUGCUUCGUGCAAGAGUAAUGCAGUCACUCAACAUAAAGGGGGGCUGGAAUACUCGAGUCAAAGGAGGCAAACUCUUGAAGCUGGUUUUAUCCACAUAAGGAAGAAAUUAGUGUACUCUGUCGUGUGGGAAACCCAGACCUAAAUAAAAUCGUGGGUUGUUCAACGUUGACCCUGUUUUGAGAGUACUGUUAGUGCCAUUUAUUGAUUCCACCUUGAUCGUGGGCAUUGCUAUGACAGUGAUUAUCCUUAGCAACUCCGGGAGGUUUUGUUACAUCGUUUGAAGUUUGGAUCAUUUGUCGAUCUGAUGGCGUCGGUGUGCCAUGGUGCCUCACCUGUCAGCAUUCAUUUCAAGGGCUGCCCCUAGAAAUGUUCAUCAAUCGCGAUUUCUGACCCCAUCACAGUGACAAAAACAUGACGCAAUAGUUGGGUCAAUGUCUUCCGAAAUUCCUAAAAUUUUGAUGGUUGGUUGUGGGUGAAUCAAUGUAUCAUGAAAGUGCCAUAAUUUUUUUUCAGCUAUUUUUUUCCUCUCUACUGCAUGUAUUCUUGCUGUGGUAAUUUUUUUGGUGGCCAUAGAGAUUCUUCUUUACCUGUAUCUGAGAAGGAAAAAAAGAGUGUCGAGAGCAAUUUUUUUCAUUAUUAGGUUCACUAAUGGCAUGUACCUUCCAUGCACUUUGUUGCUUUGCUCCAAACAUAUAGCAGCGUCAAGGAUUUUCUCUGGUGUUGGCUCUCGGUCCGUUCUUUGGUUCCCUCCCCUGUGGAGAAUUAUUUACGAUGCCGUAUGUUAGUAAGUAUGGCUCCAUGGAAGUGCUUUCGUGAUGAUUUAUUCAUUUUGUACGUCUGGGAGAGAAGCAGCAAGUAAUUUUAUUCUGGUUGAUUCCAUUUUUCGUUGGUUAUAUGAAAUCUCGAUCACCUCUUUGUCAGUAUUUCUGUUCAUCAUCUCAGCUUCUUGUUUAUAUUUAUCCGUUUUGCAGCUAGAGUCAAUACCUACUGGAGAUUCUGUACUCGAUUUAAUUGUGAUUGGUUGUGGACCGGCUGGCCUUUCCCUGGCUGCAGAAUCUGCGAAGAGAGGAUUGAAUGUUGGCCUUAUAGGUCCUGACCUUCCAUUUACAAACAACUAUGGUGUGUGGGAGGACGAAUUCAAAGGUUUGCAUUAUAGUACUGUGGAUUAUUGGCUUUAGGUUACUUUCGUCAUCCCUGGCUUUGCAUGUUAGGGAAACCAUCAAUUUUAGCCAUUCUAUUAUUUGACUUCUUUUUUUUUUCCUCAAUGAUGUUCCUUGGAUAUAGGCUUACUACGACCUUCAUUUUUUUAAAAUAAAAUUUAGGCAAAUUCUUAUGCAUUUAGUAAAUGUCAUGCAAAAUGAUGUUAAGUCUCCGAUGAUCUUUCAUUUUUAGUGUACAAACUUUACAAAUUCUCUGUUUUUUAACUUUCUCCUUUACAAAUAUCUACAAAUCGUUCCUUCUUUUGCUUGAGAGGUUACUAGAUGAUUUAUAUUUCAUCAAUCCCUCCCUCGUUAUUCUGGUAAAGAAUAUAGAUAAAUAGAGCUAUUUGGUGUAAUCUUGAAGCCCUCAUGUAUCUUUUGUGCUAUGCCUUUAAUUGAAACUAUGUUACCUUGCUUCAGAUCUUGGGCUUCAAGGGUGCAUAGAGCAUGUUUGGCGAGAUACCGUUGUUCAUCUUGAUGAUAAUGAUCCUAUUUUAAUUGGUCGUGCAUAUGGUAGAGUGAGUCGACAUUUAUUGCACGAGGAGCUUUUAAGAAGGUGCAGUUUCACUACCUAGCAUGUUUAUCUCUUGUUUUGGGAUACAUUCUCAGGGUCAAAACCAUAUUCUUUCAUCUAGGUGUCAGGAUACUGGUGUUAGAUAUCUUGACUCCAAAGUCGAAAAGAUUGUUGAAGUUUCUGAUGGCCAGAGUGUUGUUGUUUGUGAAGGAGGCAUUAGGAUUCCUUGCAGGUAUUAACAGGAAAUCGUCAUCUUCAUUUACCUUCAUGUAAGUGUCUAACCUCUGAAAUUGCAGACUUGUGACUGUUGCAUCUGGAGCAGCUUCUGGAAAGCUGUUGGACUAUGAGGUAGGGGGUCCUAGAGUCUCGGUCCAGACAGCUUAUGGUGUGGAAGUUGAGGUAAAUUAACAGUUAUUCAAUUGCGUGCGCUUUUGUUAGUGAAAUGUUGACUUAUUUUCAAAAAUCGUCUCACAUGUUUUUGACCAAGAUGUAGCGUAAGACAUCUGGUGUCAAUUUCCUAUUAAAAAUGUGCUUUCGAGAAAGCAUUUUCGGUGCCGUAAAGGCUAAUAACACUGGACGAACUCGUUUAGUAGAUAGCUUAAAUAUACGCUUCCAUCCUAUUCUAAUAGUCCCCGAGUUUUUGAAAAUAUUAUUAAAUUUUCAAGUUUCGAUAAUGAAUCUCAGAAAAUCAUAUCUAAGACAGUUUUUUAUGGUUCAUUGGCAACAACUAUAACAGAUGCAUUUGUGGGAAAAUAAUUUCACAAGUUCCUGGGACAGAGUAUGCUUCGAUCAAAUAGAAAAUUGAAAGCUUUGUUGUGCCAGAAAAUGUUUAUAAAAACAUGUUCCUUAUCUAAAGUGAACUUGCACGAUGCUUUGGUUUUAUUUCCUUGCUGAUCCUCUGUACCAUUAUGACAGUAAGACUAUAGAAUGAAGGUGUUGCCUUCUAUCUAUGUAUUAAAUCAUAAAAGUGAUUCAACUACUAUCACUUUUUCUGUGAUAUUAUAUUAUUAUUUUCAGGAAAUAUUUACUAUUGGUAAUAUACUGUUAACUAUCGUAUUGUAAUACUGGCUUCCAGGUGGAAAACAAUCCAUACGAUCCCAGCCUAAUGGUUUUCAUGGACUACAGAGACUUUGCAAAGGAAAAAGUACAACCCCCGGGAGAAGAGUAUCCAACAUUUCUUUAUGUCAUGCCAUUGUCAUCGACUAGAGUAUUUUAUGAGGUUAGUUGGUAUUGUGAUUGUUCACUAAUAGCCUUUUGUUAUGCACCCUAUUUGUCAAAGUGCUGAAGGAGCCUUUGUCACAGGAAACUUGCUUGGCUUCAAGGAAUGCGAUGCCCUUCAAUCUGCUGAAGGAAAAACUUAUGUCACGUUUGGCAGCAAUGGGCAUUCGUGUGAAAAACAUUUACGAGGAAGUGGGUUAUUGGUCUAACAUUUAAGCGUUUUAUAGUUCUCAUGCUUGUUAAGAAAAAUUUAUGCUUGAAACCAUGUGGAUUGGUGGAGAAUUUGUGGUUGCAUCACCAAACUUUUCUGCGUUAAGAAAGAUUCACCUUUCAUCAUUGCAAAUAUUUAUUUUUUUGCUUGUUUUAAAAAUUUGGAAAUAGACACAAUUGAAUACCAAAGGAAUCUACUUGCUGAUGAAAUCAGUGGCCAAUGACAGGGAGUGCAGGCCGGGUAGUGUUGGGUUGGCUAGACCAUCAUGUUUGACGCAAGGAUGGGUGAAAUUCCUUUUGAGAAAACUGAUUAUACCAAUGCUUCAGCGAACUGACAGCCCUAUGCAACUUGGUAUGCCUGACAAACAGCAGAAGACAUCAACCUGACCAUUGGGAUUAAGGGAAUUUUGUUUUGUGGUCUUCCUUUUUACCUUUUGUCUAGGGGAAAUCUCUCUUGGAGUUUCCCCUGGAACUGUACCUCGGCCUCCUUUUCUUGCUCUCUCUUGUUCUGAUAUUGCUACCGUUGUUCUGUCUUCUCAUCUUGUGGGCCCCGUCUGGGAAAGCGUCAGGAGGUUUAAUGCCUUUAACUCCUCCCCUUCUUGUAUUCCAAAUGGCAUGUUGUGGUAAUCACCGAGGGACGGUAUAUGCUUUCAAUUAUGUAUAUGUCAUGAUCACGCUAUCUUCUCUUCAAAAUUAUGUAAUACCCUGCAAAGUUAGGGUUCCACCCCAGGAAUAGGUUUCCACAAAAUGCAUAUCGCCAAAACUACCAUAAACUACUGCUCCAUUCGAAAGGAUAAAUGUUCAUUGCUUUAUACUGACGUAUAAUCAGAAAAUAUAUUCCUUCAGCAUGUGGCUGAUCAUUUGUUUAGCCACGAUACAUUUUUCAUUGUUUUCUGUGAAGUAAGAGGAUUUUGAAGCAUCCAUUUUGCUUUAGUUACAAGUUUUAUCGUUUCCUCUAGAGCAUGCGAUUUGAAGAUGCCAUUUCGAUUUGAUGCCACGCGGAGGAUAUUUCCUUUGGCUUAUUCAUUUAUUUUUUUCCUACGUUCAGAAACAAUGCGUUACAUUUUCAUUAAUCUAAUCGUCAACUUCUGCUGAAUGGCACUAAUUUUGGUAGGUAAAGAAUCUUUCUGAUGAAAGCCCAUUUCUAGAAAGAUGAUCCACCACUUUAUUUCAUCGUAAUUAUGUGUGUGUAUACAUUUAUAUAUAUAUAUAUAUAUAUUGGAAGAUGGACGCUGUUAAAACUUCUGCUCGGUGAUAAUACCAGGACUGGAGUUCCAUCCAGUGUACUAGUUUCUCAGGGGUCUCACCUGCUCUUCUUAAUCUUGAUAAAUCCGAUUUAUGUUUCUCAGGUGUCUAAUGCGUGGAUUGUUUGAUUGUUUUUUAGUGCUUCCAAUUUUCUUUUGUAUUGUGUUUGGAUGUGUCUGAUUUCUGCUCCGUUGUACAGGAAUGGUCAUAUAUUCCAGUUGGUGGUUCCCUACCGAAUACAGAGCAGAGAAACCUUGCAUUUGGAGCUGCAGCUAGCAUGGUUCACCCAGCUACAGGUAAUUGAACUCUGGUUUUUCUCCGUACAUUUGACUUUCACAGUGGAACAUAUUAACUCGGUUGUUAGUCAUCGUUGAACAGGAUAUUCAGUUGUUCGUUCGUUAUCAGAAGCCCCAACAUAUGCAUCUGUAAUUGCAAAUAUUUUGAAGAAAUCUAGCCAUCCCAAACAACCUUUUUCCCUCGAAAGCGGUCCAAAUUCCUCUACACAAGGUACAAAACUUCUUUCUUACCUCUAUGAACGUGAAUCAGAACCUCAGUUCCAUCAUGGUAAAGGCUGCUACAUCAAACGCCAUGCGGCGUGAACUAAUAUCAUCUUUUCUUCUUCUUCUUUUCCUGUAUUUGACCUGUCAGCAUGGAAUACCCUAUGGCCUCCAGAGAGGAAGCGGCAAAGGGCUUUCUUUCUGUUUGGACUGGCGCUGAUUUUGGAACUGGAUAUUGAAGGCAUUAGAACGUUCUUCCGUACCUUUUUUCGAUUGCCCAGUUGGUAGGUGAACCUGCGCCUGAUCUAUUCUGAACUGGUUUUCAGGGUAUUCCGUUGGUGAUCUGGGUCGGUCGGCCAGUGUUGUCUCAGACUUAGUUCAAUGGUAGCAGUCGUAGUUUGCCAGUCCUGCCUGGAUUAGGGAGCCCAUUCUAAUAUGAAAUCGAUGCUUUACAUUUUCAGAAUUUAUAUCCAAACAAGAGAUAAAUGUCUGCACUUUAGUGAGGAUUGAGCAACCCAGAUAGUGAGGAAGCAAAUCAAGCAUGAGAAUCUCUUUUUUUUUAAAACAAAACUUUCCUUUUGCUGAACUUUUACCUUGUCUAUGCCUUCUUCACGGCCAGAAAUUAAUGGUGUCUGGCAACACUUCGAUUGUUUUAUUAAUGUAUUCAUGCAAACCAAGCUCAUUAUGGCCUUGGAUUUCUUACAAAAUCUCUCGAGAAUCCUGGAUCACUGUAUGAUUAUGAUCUUUGGUUGAUCUUCAAUCCCCAGUAUGGGUAUGUUAGCUUCCUUGUGAUUAUGUUACUCCAGUAUUUUUCACCAGGAUGCCCACCAGUGCAUGGACAGUGUUCGGCUCUGGGUUCCUCUCUUUGAUUCCUCCCCUGGGUGAUGCAGGAUGUGGCAGGGUUUCCUCGGCUCCACUCUCUCCUCCGUUGACCUCAUCUGGUUCGCCAUCUUCAUGUUCGUGCUGGCGCCUCAGAGCAUGAGGAUGCGCCUUGUCCGGCACCUUCUCUCCGAUCCGACGGGGGCAGCCAUGGUACGGAUGUAUCUCUCCCUGUAG